AUGAAGCUGGUAAACACGCUGCCCUUUGCCGGCUACCUGUUCUUUGUGCUUCUAUCCGCGAGCGACUUCAACGACCACCGAGCGGUAGUUCAAGCCCAAGAACCAUUAUUCGAGCUGCCGGUACAGCUGAUCGGCUUUCCCGUCAUCAUUCUCUCCGUGCGGUUGGCUAACUUCGCCAAAAAGCUAGCCUACUCAUUAAACCCAAAGACCUACCAAUCGCGCAGCCGCCGGGAAACUCUCUCAGGGACCACCCUGCAGCCAGAGGAGCUUUCGCGUUUGGCCAUCGACGUGGUCCAGGCGGAGAGGAAAAUUCUUCACGAGUUUGGACCGAAAGCCUGCAUCGAAGAGGAACCUUGUCGUAGCCAUGCCGUACGAAGCGCUCGCCUGGACAACUAUCAGCCCGAUUGGGACGAUAUUCUCAAUAAUUAUAAGGCACAGUCGACCGGCAUGAAACAGUGGUAUCUGCUGUCCGUUUUUCUCGGUGACUACUUGCGUGACGUACAGUUCUGCAAACAGUUGGCGAAACGAUUAGACUGCAACAGAAACCAGAGGCCCUUCCUGCGAGACUGA